GCCGCCCGGGCCAGGUCGACAGUUCCCGGCGAGCUCCGGCAGAGGGAAACUUGGCCGCCGCCGCCGCCGCCGCCGCCGCCGCCGCCGCCCGCGGGCCCGGAGCCUCCGCCGUUCCGCCGCGCCCUCGGCAGAGAUGCCGCUGUAGAGCCGCCGCCGUCCGCACAGGCGCCCGGCAUGUCUCCAGCGCUGCUGGCGCUCUGGCUGUGGCUGGGCUCGGGCGGGCCGCGCGGCCUGGGAGGCACCCCGGCCGGGCUCCGCUUGCCGCUGCACAGCGCGCUGCCCGGGGCGCCGGCGGCGGAAGGACGGGCGCGGCGCUCGGCCGAGGAGGAGCGGGAGCAAGGCCGCCGCCGCGCCGGCCCCAGCAGCAGCAGCAGCAGCAGCAGCAGCUUCGUGGCCAUGGUGGACAACCUGCGCGGCAAGUCGGGGCAGGGCUACUACGUGGAGAUGACGGUGGGCAGCCCCCCGCAGAAGCUGAAUAUCCUGGUGGACACUGGAAGCAGCAACUUUGCUGUGGGUGCAGCCCCUCAUCAGUUCCUGCAGCGAUACUAUCAGCGCCAGCUCUCCAGCACCUACCGGGACCUGCAGAAGGGAGUCUAUGUGCCCUACACGCAAGGGAAGUGGGAGGGAGAGCUGGGCACUGACUUGGUGGCCAUCCCUCAUGGCCCAAAUGUCACCGUCCGUGCCAACAUUGCCGCCAUCAUCAAGUCGGACAAGUUCUUUAUCAACGGCUCCAACUGGGAAGGCAUCCUGGGCUUGGCAUAUGCCGAAAUUGCCCGGCCGGACAACAGCCUGGAGCCCUUCUUCGACUCUCUGGUGAAGCAGACGCAGGUGGCCAACAUCUUCUCCCUGCAGCUGUGUGGCACAAGCUUCCCGACCAAUGAUUCGGAGACCCUGGCUUCCGUGGGGGGCAGCAUGAUCAUUGGGGGCAUCGACCAGACUCUCUACAGGGGCAACAUCUGGUACACGCCCAUCCGGAAGGAAUGGUACUACGAGGUUGUCAUAGUCAAGAUUGAGAUCAACGGGCAGGACCUCCAGAUGGACUGCAAGGAGUACAAUUACGACAAGAGCAUUGUGGACAGUGGCACCACCAACCUUCGCCUGCCCAAGAAGGUCUUUGAGGAGGCCGUGAAGUCCAUCAAGACAGCUUCCUCGACCGAGAAGUUCCCGGAUGGCUUCUGGCUGGGGGAGCAGCUGGUUUGCUGGCAGGUGGGAACAACCCCCUGGAACAUCUUCCCGGUCAUCUCUCUCUACCUGAUGGGUGAGACCACCAACCACUCCUUCCGGAUCAGCAUCCUGCCCCAGCAAUACCUGCGGCCAGUCGAGGACGUGGCUACCUCCCAGGAUGAGUGCUACAAGUUUGCUGUCUCCCAGUCCUCCACCGGCACCGUUAUGGGGGCCGUCAUCAUGGAGGGCUUCUACGUGGUCUUUGACCGGGCUCAGAGGCGCAUUGGCUUUGCGGUCAGCACUUGCCAUGUGCAGGACGCGUUCCGGGUGGCCUCCGUGGAUGGGCCUUUCCUGCACUCCAACAUGGAGGACUGUGGCUACAACGUCCCCCAGACGGACGAGUCGAUGCUGAUGACCAUCGCCUACAUCAUGGCAGCCAUUUGUGCCCUCUUCAUGCUUCCUCUCUGCCUGAUGGUCUCGCAGUGGCGCUGCCUCCGCUGCCUCCGCCGCGGCCAUGACGACUUCGCGGAUGACAUUUCCCUGCUAAAGUGAGCGCUGCCCCCCACCUCCAGCCCGUGCUGGUGACACGGCUGGGCGUUGGCACUGCAGCCAUCAUCCCCUCCCUUGGGGCUGCUGUGGCCUUUGCCUUCUCCACGCAGGCAGCUGCUGAUGCUGAGGUUCUCUGCUGCCGCCUGGGGCCCACCACAACCACCGGCCUCUGGCCCGUGGCGGGCAGAGAGGUUGGCAGGGCCUUUUGCGGCGCAAGACCCGUUGCUUCCACUGGUGUCCCGGGAGCCCUGCAACUUGUGCAGGCAGCGGGCAGGACUGGCAGGGAGUCCCAUCGUCUGUCCAGGAAACCCCUUUUGUCCCAUUGCUCUGAAUUGGCCAGUGACCGAUGCAGCUUGCGCACCAGGGAAGCAGUAGACCGAAAGGGGGCGGGGGCUUCGGAGCAGUGCUUCUUUGUAAUUAAUCAAGAGGGGGGCGGGGUGUUUGGCGUGCUUGUUUCUCUGAAUCUCAGUACUUAUGAAACCGAAGGUGGGUUGCUGUGCCCCGUUUUCAGAGUCUUCGGGUGCCUGCUUGGAAUUAUGGUGACCCCCAUUUCAAGGACACCCGUCCCCCAUGCUGGCUGAGGCAGGGAUCAGCUCCAGGUGGCGGAGGACCCUCUGGGUUGGUGAAAGGAUAGAUGGCUGUAGAACCCGAAUUCCAGGAACGGAGAAGGAUCUGGGGCUGCAACAGCUGCCUAGGAGGUGGGGAGGGCGGCCCUUCUGCUGCCCUGCGUAUGGCGCUGCCCUUCCUCCUCUAGGGAGGCCUCAUGAGCUGGCCAGUGGCCCCACUUCUGGGAGGUGGGGGGAUGGGACUCUCCCACUGGCGGAAUCAAGCGCCCUGAGUGUGACCUCCCAUCAGCGGGAUCCCCGGUGCCAGCCUCCUGCCUUGGAUGCCAGGCAAGGCUGAAUUGGCAGCCGCCUUCUGGCCCUUCUUCCUCACCCUUUCUGCGGUCUGGCCCAGAGGUUCUGCCCUCCCAGCCCAGGAGUUUGGGAAGAUUCAGAGGGUUUGAGCCCAAGGCAGCCCUGUUGCCAGCUUGGGCACCCAGUGGCCUUGGGCAAUUGCGGGCAUCGGAGGCUACUCAGGGAACGGACGGUCACAGAGACGCCUUUCCUCAGCAGCCUGCAGCUGGCCUGCCACGGGGCCACAGGCCGUCCCGCCCGGGCUCUGUCGCCUGCUGCCUCUCUGCCACACGGAAGCCGCUGGGCAGCCGGGCCUCUUAUCCCUGCUCUGGGGCCUCUGCUGAGCAACCCAGGGAGUGUCAGGCAGGAUUGGAACAGGGCGGUGCCAGACCCCUCAGCAGCACAGGCAGCGCUUCCACAGUGGUAUAGGAUUUCUGCUUGAGCAGGGGGGUAGGCUAGCUGACCUCCAAGGUCCCUUCCAACUUCUGUUAUUCUGCAGGGUGGAGUCCAAGGUGUUUCCUUUGCAAUGGACAGAAGCGGGUUAGGAAUUACAAUUCCCUCUGCUGGAUUCCUCCCCCGCCCCCCCCCCCCCUUUCCAGCCCCCUGGCUGUGUCCUGCCCGAGGACCAAACGGCUGAAGGCUGGGAACUUUUGCCUCCUGGUGGGGGAAGCCUUGGGAGGCUGACAGGGCAGAGACCCCCAUUGCUGUCCGUGGGAGAUGGGGAUGAGCUGCGGUCAAUGUGCUUGUACAAUAUUUUGUAAAUAUUUGUAAUAUUGGCUCCCCAAUCUUCCCAUUUUGUCUCAAAUGCAAGAGGAGGAAAACGCUGGAAAACCUCUUAACUGUGUUUUGUGUUUUGUGCUUUGGCCAAGUUGUUCGGACGGGUUUUGUGGGCUUCAUGCGGGCCUGGAGGAGGGAGAGGCGGGACAGGGCGACGUGUUUCUCACUCCUGCGAGGGCUGUUUGCGUGGAGCCAAGUUGGGGUAAAAUGGCCUUCCAGGCCAGGCUGCCACUCGCUGGAAUUGCCCACUGCAGGGAGCCGUU